AUGGUGUGUUCUGCACAAAACUCGGCAGGCAUUCAGACCCUGCUUGAUGCCGAAAAAGAGGCGCAGAAGAUAGUACAAAAAGACCGAACGAAGAGAGUCAAGGAUGCCAAAACAGAAGCACAGAAAGAAAUCGAGGAGUACAGAAAGAAGCGAGAGGAGGAGUUCAAGAAAUUCGAAGCAGAGCAAUCGAGCGGAAACAAGAAAGCCGAGGACGACGCGAAUAAGGAGGCAGAGGCAAAGGUGAAGGAGAUCGAGGCUGCGGGCAAGAAGUCGGGAAACAAGGUGGUGAAUGAUUUGAUCAGAGCCGUGACCUCUCCCACGCCUGAAGUGCCGGAAAAGAUCUCGAGGGAAGAAUGA